AGUCCGCCUAUAGACUCCUCCCAGACAUCAGUAAGGAGAAGAAGUCCAGUCAGGAGGAAGAUCUCACAAGCAAAGUCUUCAUCCAUGCUGACACUCUGACGUCCAAUUCACAUCGAGCCCAAAAAAAAAAAAUGAGGGCUUUUAUUUUGACGGUCUCCUGGCUGCUGACGCUCGCCUUGGCGGAGGCCAUCCACGGACUGUACAACUUCGGCCAGCACGACUUCUUCCCCAGGAAGAACAACUGCAAAGCCAUCCCGGCCAACCUGCUGCUGUGCCGCGACAUCGAGUACGCCGACAUGCGGCUGCCCAACCUGCUGGGACACGAAACCAUGAGCGAGGUCCUGCAGCAGGCGUCCUCCUGGAUCCCGCUGGUGCAGAAGCAGUGCCACCCGGACACCAGGAAGUUCCUGUGCUCGCUCUUCGCCCCGGUGUGCCUGGACGACCUGGACGAGCCCAUCCAGCCAUGCAGGUCCCUCUGCGAGAGCGUCAAGCGCGGCUGCGCGCCCGUCAUGUCCGCCUUCGGAUUCCCGUGGCCCAAAAUGCUGGACUGUGAGCGGUUCCCGCUGGACAACGACCUGUGCAUCCCGCCCGCCGCGCUCGACAACAUGGUGCCCGUCACCAAAGAAGUGCCCAGAGUGUGUGAUGCCUGCAAGGAAAGUGACGACAAUGACAACGAAAUUGUGGACAACUUGUGUAAAAAUGAUUUUGCCCUGAAAAUCAAAGUGAAGGAGAUCUCGUACAUCAACGGCGACACCAAGAUCGUGCCCGAGAACAAGAGCAAGACCAUCUACAAGCUGAACGGCGUGAGCGAGCGCGAGCUGAGGAAGACGGUGCUGUGGCUGAAGGACGGCCUGCAGUGCGUCUGCGAGGAGAUGAACGACAUCAACGCCGCCUACCUGGUCAUGGGCCAGAAGAUGGACGGCCACCUGGUCAUCACCUCGCUCAAGCGCUGGCAGAAGGGCCAGCGCGAGUUCAAGAGGAUUACGCGCAGUAUUCGCAAGUUGCAGUGCUAAAAAAAAACAAAAAAA